AUGACUUCUUUCCUCAUUAUAUACAUUUUUCUAUGGCCAAGACUCAUUUGCCAAUUAUUUCCGUGCGAGCGGCCGGGUCAGCCUUUCGCCUUGUAUAUUGUGGGCGAGGCAAAAAAAAAAAAAAGAAAACGAGGAAAACCGCACUUGCAGAAUAGGAAACACACAGACAAACACAUACACACCAUACGCAGAGAAGGCAAGGCAGCAAGAAAAAACUGUGGGAACGUAGAAAUGAACUUACCUACGGCACCAACUCCUAACAAACAUUUGAGCAUACCUGAUUUGAGGUUCGAGAAAGUGUUCAAGAAAGCAUUGUAUAGGGAACUGGCACCCUCAUCGUCCCGCUCACGAAAGUUAGGAGUAAUUACGAAAGUUGUGAUUCGCGAUGUGUUGCUCAUGCCUCUAUUGCAGAGCUUUGUUUUAUCACUCGCGCUUAUGGGCGUUAAGGAAUGGCUACAUUACAUACGCCUGAAAGGACGAACCCUAGGCGACCGCAUUAGACAGAGACUUUUUCCAAUCUAA